AUGAUUGAACAAUAAGAAUAAUAAGAGAUCGAAUAAAACUAUAGUAAGAAAUAAUAAAAUGAUUGUCUUGCUAUUAUUGAUCCUAAUUUAAAAUAUAAUUACAACGAUUUACAUCCUACACAACUUCAAACAUUUCUAGGAAGUUUAUUAUCAGGUAAAAUAAUAAAAUCAAGUCUUACUAACAACGAUAUUUUGUACUGGUGUAGGAAUCAAACUUAGAUAACAAAUUAAUUUAUUUUAAUGGUUCAUUAUGCUUAUUAUAAUCAUUUUCCAUUAAGAUUUAGUCCAGAUGACAUAUAACUAUUAAUAAAUUAAGGAUUCUGUGCUCAUAUAAAAAAUAAUGCUGAAUAUUUCAGAAAAAAGUUUGUGUAGCAUGAAGGAAAAAUGAAACUUAGUGUAUUUGUGGAAUCAGAAGAUAUUAAUACUUAUGAUUGGGAAAGUAUAAUUAAUAAUUUUUCAAAUCAAAUUAAAGCAAAUAUUCCAAAUGAGAAAUAUAAACUAUGUGUACAGAAGUAUUCUACAACAAAUUAAAUUUCUAAAACUUGUUAUGAGGUAAGUUUAAUGGAUGCCAUGAAAAAAUAUUUUGAAUAUACGAUGGAUUGUGGAUGUGGAAUAUCAAAAAUUAAAUUAUUAGGGACAUUAGAGGAUUGGGAAUGCUUAAGAAAAAAUGCUGAGAAAUUGUAAGAAUUUGAAUUAGGUGAUUGGUUAGAUAGGAUAUUACCAAUUUUAGAUUAAUUCAUCAAUUUAUAUAAAGGAAAAAUUGAUUAUGCAUUUUGGAAAGAUAUUUAUAGAUAUUAACCACCGUAAUCACCACAGUAUGAUCCAACACCUCAAUAUGCAACAGGUUGGAUUACUAAUUUCUUCCCAUAUAGAAUAAAUGAAAGUGCUGAUAUAUAUGAUCAAGAGAACAAGUUUGUCAAAAAUUAUUUUUCGAAGUCUUUAAAAAAAAAUUCCUAAUUUUAAGAAAAAUAAAUACCGACUGGAAUAUCAUAAGCCCAAGUAAUACUUUAAAAUAUAAGAACUCAUGUAACAAUGAAUCUUAAAUUUAAUGCUGGAUUUUUUGGUGUAGCUAAAGAUUAAGAUGGAUUUCUUUAUGCUUAAUAAGGAUGGGCCAUUGCAGAAGAGAAAAAAAAGAAAGAUUUUUUUUCAUUUUGA